UUCCCCUUCGAGUGUCUUCACUGAAAGACGAUGUUGAUAUUUCUCUCAGCAGACACAACGGCUGUCAGUCAAACAACAAGCACAGUGUCUCCAGAGACUAAACAGGCCACAGACAAAGACAAGGGUCAAGACUCGGGAAGUGAUUAUGGAGGGGACUGGAGCGAGGACGAGUGGAAUGAUGCUCAGGAACCUGAUAUGGAGGAACUGAAAAGCGAUCUCUUAGCAGCAAAAGAAGAAAUUACAGCAUUUCAAACUGAAAAGAAAGAGUCGUCUCUCAGACGUCCCGCAAGUCUCCUGGGCGAUGCAGACGGAGCGGAAAGUGGGAGCGACUAUGGUGAUUGGGAGAAUGAUGACUGGUCUGUCGAUAGUUUUGCUCCACCUUCGUCUAAAAGCAAAACAUCUCAGAACAUGCCACCAAACAAAAAGACUACUCAGCAAACUAGAGGCAGUACAAGACAGAGCAAGUCUUCCGCUGCUGAUGAAGACUCCCUGGUGUCUGAGAAGCUGGGCGGAGCCUCCCGCCAGCCCACUGUAGCUAGCGGGUGGGAUGAGGACUCGUUUACUCCCGAGGUAAGCUGUUAAAUCAACGAAGCGCAGC